CCUAUUCCUAUAGUGCAUAGAGUAUAUAGAGAAACCUCUUGCUCACUUCAUUACCUGCCUGUCGUUUUUGUCGUAUCAAAAAAGAAACGAAAAAGAACGCAAACAUAAAAUAUAAAUAAAUAAAACACUUCUCUUUCUCUUUCUCUCUCUCGAGUGUUGUGUUGUGUGUCUUGGGUUCAAUGUGUUGGCUGUUGCUUGGCCUUGUUUAUCAACUAAAUCUAGAGCAACCCAUUUCUCUGUUCUCCCAUUUGAAGGAAAACUCACCCUCAUCUCUUACUCAAUCCCUUCAAUUGCGCCACCAUUUUUUCUUUCUUUUUCUCCAUUUUUUUCUCUUCCUCACAGACCCGGUGCUGUAGUGUGGUGUGUUGUGCCUCAUUCAACCUCUCACACUGUUCGACUAUUUCAAACGAGAGUUGCUGUUAAAAAUGUUGGCUUUUCCAUGGUUUUCUCUUUCUGACAAAUGCUUGUUCAGCUUCUGAGGUGUUUCCUCACAACUCCUAUGGCGGGAGAAACAUCUUGGAUAAGUCACUAUGAUGACAGACAGAGGGAGAAUGGAGUGUUUGAUUCAUUUUUAGAAGUUGGUGAAGAAGGUGAGAAAGAUGCAAGUGCUGUUUCUUUGGAUGUCAUUUUGCCUGAUGACUUGUUGGAACGAAUCCUAGCCUAUCUACCUGUUGCAAGCAUUUUUAGAGCUGGUUGUGUGUCUAAGAGAUGGUAUGAAAUUGUUAAUUCAGAGAGGUUUUUAUGGAACCUUUCACACGUUCUACCGCAGAAACCAUGGUACUUUAUGUUUACAAGCUCUGAUGAACCAAUUGGUUAUGCUUUUGAUCCCGUUUUUCGUAAAUGGUAUAACAUUGAACUUCCAUGCAUUGGAACAUCAAAUUGGUUCAUUGCUUCAUCAAUUGGCAUGGUCUGCUUCAUGGACAAUGACAGCAGAAGUGAAUUAUGCAUCUGCAACCCAAUCACCAAGACCUACAAGAAGCUCGAGGAGCCUCCUGGUUUGAAAUUUUCUGAUUACAGUGCAUUAGCAAUCUCAGUGAACAGGGAAUCUCACAUUUAUUCUGUGGCAAUUGUAAAAUCUAAACAAGUUCCCGAGAACUUUUUCCAGUGGGAUAUCUCGAUUCACGUAUACAAUUCAGUAAACAGAACCUGGGUGACCACUUUAACUGAAGUUUUGAUGGGGUGGAGAGGUGGUGAUGAGAGUGUUAUAUGCAAUGGGAUGCUAUACUUUCUAGUUUAUUCAACUGGGGGUGGCCAACCGGAAAAUCGUCAUGCCCUGAUUGCAUAUAACAUGUCUAACCGUUCUUCUCAAGGUAGCUUGACAAGGAGCUUUAUUCCAGUACCUUGUUCACUAACUUGUGGCCGUCUGAUGAAUCUGAAGGAGAAACUUGUAAUGGUGGGAGGAAUUGGCAAACCCGAUCGACCUGACAUAAUAAAAGGAAUUGGUAUUUGGCUUCUGAAUGAUAAGACGUGGGAAGAAAUUGCUCGAAUGCCCCACAAAUUCUUCCAAGGCUUUGGAGAGUUUGAUGAUGUUUUUGCCAGCAGUGGUGCAGAUGAUCUGAUAUACAUUCAGAGUUAUGGAGCUCCGGCGCUUCUCAUAUUUGACACCAACCAUAAACAAUGGAAAUGGUCUCAGAAGUGCCCUGUGACAAAACGAUUCCCGCUGCAGCUUUUUACUGGCUUUUGCUUUGAGCCUAGACUUGAAAUAGCUCCCUAGUUCUCCUUACUAUCAGCAGCAGCUCCUACUGAGAAUCCUGUCCAAGGUUUCUGCUCAUUUUCUUCCAUUGUUCAAGUACAAAUUUCUUAUGAUUUCAGUGUUUUUUCACAGUUCAUACAAAAUGUUCUUCCUGAUAAAACUGCUUAUUCAUGGAUACGGGAAUAUUAUUAAUAGCAUUUGAAAAUACCACACCCAUAUAUAUUUUACC